AUGCAAAAGCUUGAGGCUGAAGAUUUAGAGAUAGUAGCUGUGGUAAUGAGAUCAUUGUGGCAAAGAAGAAAUUUGUUCAUUUUUGAGAACAUCUUCAAUGGACCUGAAUCUUUAUUGAGAAAGGCAAAGACAGUGCUGGAAGAUUUCAAAGAAGCUCAACUACAGAUAAUAAAUCCAAUAGAGGAACCGAGACAGCUUGAAACCAGUGGGAGCAAUAGAGGAAGACAGGUGCUAUGGAAAAAACCUGAGCAAGGAGGCUUUAAAGCAAAUUGGGAUGCUGCUCUCAAUAGCAAAUUUAUGGGGCUUGGAGUGGUUAUAAGAAACGAGAAUGGGGAGGUAGUGGCUUGUGCUUGCAGUAGGAGAUUGCCUGCUCCAAAUUCGGAUGUUGCAGAAUCUGUUGCUCUAUGGUUUGCAGUGGAGUUAUGUUGUGAGCUGGGUUUUAACAGAGUCACUUUUGAAGGAGACGCUCAAGCAGUGGUUAAAGAUGUGAAUAGCAUGGAAGAAGAUUUGUCAUGCAGAGGCCACAUUAUAGAGGAUAUAAAAGCAAUCAUGCUAGGUCGGAGAGAUUGGACAGUGCAAUUUAUAGGAAGAAAAGGAAAUGAAGUAGCUCACUUACUUGCAAAGUAUGCUUUAAAUAUAGAUUUUGAUAAGAGAUGGAUAGAUGAAUGUCCUGAUUUUAUUUUUUUACAAGUAUGUAAGGAUAUAGAUUGUUCAGGUUUACAGUUUACAGAAUGA